CUUAACUGAAAUUAUAAACUCGAACCCAUCUUCGAGCAAUACUAGAAAAAGAAACUAGUGCAAUUCAUCCGCACCGCUCUCGUCGUGCAUUUGUUUCAGCGGCGAACCAGAAAGUAGCAACGGAAGAGAGGAGUCCUUAACAGGACAGUACUAACCCAACAAGGCAAUUGCGAGAGGGUUGAAGAAGGGUCGAGUGUUGUAUAGUUAGCGCUAUUUGCGAGAUUGGCUUCCGUUCGAAGAAUCUAUCUUUUUUGCGAUCUGCGGCUGUUCCUAUCGAAAUACUGUAUCUCGGUAGUGCCAAAGCUAGCUACGGUGCCUCGGAGAUUGUGUUUCCUUUUGUUUGGUUUGGUGGGGAUUGAUUUGAUCUGAUUCCAACGACGACAGCGUCUUUGCAUCGAAUGCCAAAAAUGACGGCAAACUCCGAAGCCGAGACACCGGCAACGAACGGCGACGGUGUUGAAAAGAGCAAUCCCGCUAUCGUUCCUUCCCAAACAAGUGCACCAUCGAACAACAACAACAACAACAACAACAACGCUGCUGCGACGUCGUCAUCGUCGUCGGGAACCAAGGCAUCCUCGGGCAGCGGCAAGGGCAACCAUGCUUCGUCGUCGGCGAAGCCCCCGAUGCCCAAGCCCGAGGACGUGAUCAACAUCAACGUGGGGAUUCUGGGGCACGUAGACUCUGGGAAAACCUCCCUGGUGAAAACCCUUUCCACCCUUUUGUCGACCGCCGCCCUGGACAAGUCGAAGCAAUCGCGGCAGCGAGGUGCGUUGCGUCGCGUGUGGCGGGCCUGCUUGUUUGCCAGUGUUCGAGUUUCCCGCGUUGACAUUCGCUUCGUUGGGCAUUCAUUGUGUCUCGGUUUGGUUUCUCCUUGCGAUGUGAUGUGACAAUAUACAUCUGCGUCCCUUUGUUUGUAUGCCUCGAUGGCUUUGUGGUGAUCGAAAGUGCCAUUGGGCCAUGGGAUGUGAUUCUUGGAUUCCGUGUUGGACGACAAUGCGUGGCGGUCAAACGCAAGAAACAAUCGUUUUGUGUUCGAAACAACAUGCGUUCUCACCCAAACGACUUGCGCUUGUGCAUUGCAUUGUAUCACGUUUUGUGUCAUACCGCCACAUUGCUAUGCUAUGCUUUCUAGGAAUGACACUGGACCUAGGGUUCUCUUGCUUCUUUAUGGACCUGCCCGAUCGAUUGAGAAAGCAGCUGGAAGACAAAAAAUCGAGCGGGAGUUCCAAAACACCGAAAGCAACAACCACCAAUGCCCCUAAAUAUCUCCAGAUGACGCUGGUAGACUGCCCCGGCCACGCAUCGCUGAUCCGAACCAUCAUUGGCGGAGCCCAGAUCAUCGACGUAGUCCUGCUUGUUGUCGACGCCUACAAGGGCUGGCAGGCCCAAACGACCGAGUGCCUCGUCCUAGCGGAGCUGACCGCCCCCCACAUAGUAGUCGCCCUCAACAAAAUCGACAUGUUUCCGAAGGAAGAACGGGCCGAGCGCUUGGCCGAGGCGAAGGCCAGGGUCCGGGAACGCCUGCGCCACUCGAGCAAGUUUUCGGGCCGCGAGGUCCCCAUGAUCGGGGUGUCGGCCUGCACCGGCGGAGAAAAGGUGGCGGCGGUGCGGGGGGACGAGGGCAGCGGUGCCUCGGCGUCGGCGGGAUCCGCCAGCGCGCACGAUCUCGUCAAACAGCAAACCAUCAAUGUGGACAAGCUGAUCGAUCUUCUGAAAGAGACCAUGCCRGCGCCACGAAGGCACCUCUCGUUCGAAUCCGGCAGCAACAGCGGCAGCGGCAACAGCAAGGCGGGCAAUUUCUAUUUCGCUAUCGAUCACUGCUUCCCGAUCAAGGGAAUGGGCACCGUGCUCACGGGCACCUGCCUCAACGGAUCUGUUAAGGUCAACGAAAUGAUCGAGUUUCCCUCCCUGGGUAACCUACAGCGAAAGAUCAAGUCGAUGCAGAUGUUCAAGCGAAAGACAAACGCCAUCCAGCAAGGGGACCGUGCCGGUAUCUGCGUUUCCAACUUCGACGCGUCCUCCCUGGAGCGGGGGAUCUGUGCCAGCCCUGGCAGCGUCCGAUGGGUCAGCGGGGCCAUUGCACUCGUUCGGAAAAUCGUUCCCCACUACAAGGGAGCCUYUCUCAAGAACCGGGCCAGGUACCAUGUCAGCGUUGGCCAUUCGACGGUCAUGGCAACCGUCACCUUUUGGGGGGCUAAAGAAUUGUGGACGGAAACCCAGAAACUAGCCGCUGCGAGGAACCAGAGCAAGGAGGGAUCGCGAGCAGCAACAGGAACAGAAUCAUCAGCCACGUCGUCUUCCGAAACAACCGCCACAGCCUGCUUGGGGGGAGAUGCCGAUCAGGCCGGAUUGCCUUGUCUGGAGUUCGACUGGAAGAAAGACUACCUGUUGCAAGACGGAUUGCUAGAUAGCCUCCCGAAUGAAAGCAUCGACUUCCCKGGGGAAACAAAAGACCAGAGUCAAACCCACAGCACGCACGGAGCAAAUGGAGGGACAAAUGGUAGCAGCAACACAGUCAACAGCGGAGGAGAGCAAGAAGCUCUGCUGCACUGGGCGAUACUGGAUUUCCAGACACCGGUGUACUGCCCGCUCCAAUCAUUGGUAAUCGGCUCUCGUUUGGAUGCUGCGGUGGAGGGAAACAGCCACCGCCAGCAAGGCGGCAAGAGCAGCAACAAGAACCACGGCAAGAAUAACAGCAAUGCCAAAGGCGGCGGGGGCAACCACAGCACUGGAGACGCCGACGGCGACGAUUCCGGAGGCGACAGCGCAUCUUCCUGCCGCCUUGCCUUCUGCGGUCGCCUCAUCGAGCGGGUUGACCCGAAGGAAGACAUCAAAAGGAUACGCUGGUACACACCCAAGGAAAGGCGGGGACUCGUGUCGCGCCUCGGUGAUCCGCACAAGCGUCAGGACGAUGGGAAGACGGUCCGAUAUGAAUUGUACGGCGGGGACCUCUUCAAGAAGGAGACCCUGCUGAGGCCCUUUCUCGGCAUGAAGCUCGUGACCCACCCAGGGGGGGACGUCGGAGAACUCCAGUCGGGCUUUGGGACGUCGGGGAAGUUCCGUGUCACCUUUCCGGCCGGGACCAUGGCGCGGGAGGGAGACGUCCUUCGUCUACCAUUCAAGCGGUUUCUGAAUGAUCCCGAAAAGAAAAUGCGCCAAGACGACAUCUUGUUGCCGGCCGCCCGGCAGGGAAGCCGCAUUGAUCCACCAAAGUCGUCUGGCAGCAAAAAGAAAAGGGUCGAAUCCACGGGAACGGUUGACAAGGUCAAGGGGGAUCCAUUGCCGGAACCUCCGCCACCGAAAGGUGGGGCAAACAGCGACAAAAAGAAAAAGAACGUCACGAAAUAUCCAACAGCUAUAGUAUCGGGGCUGUUCACCCCCGAUAUCGACAUCCGACUAAUGGUGGGUCGCAAGAUAUGGAUUUCUUCCACAAGAGAAGAAGGGGUCAUAGCCGGACCAUUUGGAAAGGCCGGAAAGUGCAAGGUUUCCUUUAUCGACAGUGGCGACGAUUCCUCUUCGUCGUCGUCGACUUCCACAAACCUCAGGGGCAUUUCCGAGCAAGCGGUCGGAACCAAAGCCGAGCUCCUGAAGCCGUAACGUAACUGUUCUUAUUCUCGCCUUAAACCUUCGGGUGUCCUUUCUCGCUCGCUAUCGCCACCCCCGAUAAAUAGUAAAUUAGAAUCCGAUAUGUUCAAUGCCGUAUUCACGUGUUUUUUAUCAUAGUU